CCGAAAGAAAAAUUUUGGGGUCACGUGGCCUGUUCUCAACUUCUAGUCGCAGGUUGUACGGAUCAUAGCUCACUGUGUACCUCAGGUUUAGUUUCGACAAUAAGGGAGCUGUUUUCAACAGCUUAGAGCAUUAUAGAAGGAUUUUUUCCUGCUGUCCUGCAAUAUAUUCUGACGCCAUGAGGAAGUAAAAGUUGUUUGUUGUCGGGAGGGUGACAUCAAAUUUUAUUUGAUACAUGGAUCAGAACGGAAAAAUUGUUCGUAACAGGUUUUAUUUUGGCGACGAUCAGCAACUCUUUCGCAAUUUCGUCUACUUCGCUUAGCAAUAUUCCAUUCUAAAUGGAGCAAUAUGACGUCGAUAUUCUUCACAGCGAGCUCAAAUCAUUGUCGGAGCAGCUGCUUGCUGAAAAGCGCGUUAAUGAUAGGCUGCGUUCGGAACUAGAGGUUUACAUGAGCAAGGAGCGGUUAGCCUCUGCAAACUUGGAAAAGCUGAAGACAACAAUGCAACUGGAUAUUAUAGAGAAAGAACAGUUGAAGGCCCAGAAUGACCUAUUAAGUCUCGAGCUUGCAGAAUGCAGGAAAAUCAUUAAUGCUAAACAGGAAAAGACGAAUGAGAAAGAGGUAAAUGCUAGUUACCAGAUGUUAAGACGUGCUGAAAGUCAAGCUAGUCAUGCAAGUGAUGGAAAUCGGAGUGGUAAGUCAUCAGCCUCCAGCUCAAGGCGCAACUCGAAUUCUUUUAACAACGCUGUCAUAACGGGGGAUGACACCGAGAGGAUGUCAAAUUUGGAGCAGCAGGUAAUCUCAUUAACUAGGGAGAAAAAACAGCUUAUGACUCAUCUGCAUUGGUUAACCAGACAACGAAACGAUCCUUCUCUGCCAGAGGACGAUUGUAAUCAGCUUGAUGCGAAGGUUUUCAGAAUGAGUUUAGAGGAAGGCAGCAACACAGCAAUCCAAGCACAAUCAUCAAACGCGUCCAGCAUCCUUUGCUCUGGUCCUUCCCUGGUACGUGGCAAGCGAUUUGAAUGCUUUAGCAGAAAUGAGAGUAUUGAUGAUGGUACCUGUUUGGGAAAAAAAUCGGCUCAAGAAAACACCCACGAUGAAGGAGAGCACAAAGACAUAGAAAACACUAAGGUGCCAAAGGGAAAACAUACUUCUCCGGCGGCCAUUGUUGACAGGCUUAGAACUUUGAAGGAAGCGAUGUUAGCUGUUAAAAUGACGGCGACAAAAAGCAACUCACUUUGUGAUACGAUUUUCCAGUUAUCAUUUCAGAAUCUUAAACACCCGAAUGAACCACGGAGCUACAGUAACUGGUCUAGCUAUGAUGAGGAAAGUGCAUUAUCUUUGAAAUUCUUAGGAAAUGCUAGCCAAAUACCUACCUGGCUGCAAGAAUCUAAGUUUGGUUAUCGCUCGCUAGAAACAUAUCCUCAAAAAGGUAGAAGCCCAGACGAUGAUUAUGAACUAGACUUCAACAAAUGGACGAGAAAAAAGUCAUCAACGUCAUCACCAGAAUUGUUUCCUGCCAAAGAAAAAACAUUUGACAAUUAUUUCCCCCGUCUUUCGAAAGCAUCACUGUCCAGAUCGCAAAGAGAAAGUAUGUUGUUUACAAGAAGUCUCUCUGACCAGCAAACAAAAUCUUUACGUGCCCAUCACGGUCCACCCUUCUCAAUUAACAAAAGAGAAAUGCCCGUGUUUUCAACUCUGACGUCAGCAGCUGAAUCACCGGUCGAUGGUCCAGUGAAACCGCUGUCUUUCAGUUCAUUAGGAUUUGUAGCAACACCAGAACAAGAUGCCACUGAUAUCGAAAAUAACCAAUCAUUGUCAACAUCGUCAACUGUCACUAGUGAAGUUUUAUUUUCCGAAAACCUUAUAUCAUAGUAUAUCGCAGUACCAUUCAGCGUAUAUGCUUUAUACCGGGAAAAAUUGGGUAUGCGGUAUUGCAUGUUGCCCACUUUAAUUUAAUGGAAGUCAGUGCAUCUACAAAUCAGUUGAAGGCAGGUGACUUUAGAAUACCGUGACAUCUUGACCAACGGUUUUGUCGUCAGCGUCUGUUACCAACAUUUUAUUUACGAUGCGUUGAUUUUUUAGGUUGGUCGAUUACCGUAAAAUCCUCGAAUUGGGCCCCCUCGAAAAAGCCCCCCUCCUUGAACCCACGCCCUAGAACUACAAAUUGUCAAUAAGCCCCCUCCCCUCGAAUAAGCCCCAACUGCUACCGUAAAUUCUCGAAUAAACGAGGUCUUUUAAUAAUGUCUUCUUAAAGUCUACAAUAAUUUUAUAACCCGCCUUGUAUAAGCCCCCCUCGAAUAAGCCCCCAUCCAAAAAUAUCAAGAAUGAAUAAGCCCCCAGGGGGCUAAUUCGAGGAUUAACGGUAUGUAUAAAUACAAAGUUAGCGAUUGCAGAUUAUUUAUAGCAUACUUCUAGUCGGUGUUUUCGCAAAAUGAUUUGCGAAUGAAAAACCUUCUUGCUUAGAAUUUUUAUUUUACAAAUAUCUUCUUGAACAGAGUCAAGAAAAGUACUAAUUCUGCCUCCAGCCAGUAAGUCCAAAACGUUCCCUAAGUAAAACAGUUAAAUCCAGGUGUGGCCCGGGUGUGGUUGUUGAAUUUUUUCAUCAUUGAAAUUCUUCAUGUUUAUCGGCCAUAUUUUCUACACUGUGUACAAGGACUGUUGCCUUCCACUGAGUUCCUCUACCAUUUUGUGGAAUCGAGAUGUCUCAAUGCUGCAUAAUUUUAUUUUUUCUUGUUUUAAGUGGAAUAAGCUAGCAUGCCUAGCUCAAUAUUGCUUCAAGAAAGGCUCCUGUUUCUCAUGCAUGGUUUCACCGGUUAUAUUUAUAUCUCAAAUAUUCACUUAGUCUCUAAAACACUUAUUCAAAAAGUCCCUUAGUCUCUAAAACAAGUGAGUUAUUGAAUGCUUUUAAUUUUACAUCACUACGAUGUAAUAUUACAUGUAAAUUUAUCACUAUAGUGGAUAGGUAUAUAAAUUCAGAGUGUAGUUAUUGUAGUAUGUGUAGUUAUUAAAUCAGGAAAUAUCUGAUGUCUCUGAUAAAAGACAACUUCUUUCAGUUAAGAGUGUACAGUUUUUAUUAAAUGAUAAUUCUUGGUCGUGGCUUGAAUGCUACCUUGAUGCUUUUGAAAUUUUUUUCAGCAUCUUUUUAAACCCCCCCCCCAUAUUUCUGCGUGAUACGUUAUUGGUCAUAUUUUUGUGCGUGAAGUCGUGAAUUAGGAUUCCUACGUGAAACGUGAAUCAUGGGUUUUCCUUGCGUUAUGUCGUGAUAAGGCUUUAACUAUCUGUGAAUUCGUGAAUGAAAUUUUGGGUGAUAAUUUAAAAAAUUGGCUCAAUUUGGUGCGUAAUAAUCCAAUAACAGUUAAAUCUCAGUUUAGUAUUUUGUUGAGUUAUAUU